AUGAGUGACUUUUCGUCACUAGGGCUUUCAGACUGGCUUAUUAAUCAGUGUAAGCAGUUGGGAAUCAACAAGCCGACUCCUGUCCAGGAAAACUGCAUGCCAGCUAUUUUAGAAGGUCGAGACUGUAUGGGCUGUGCCAAAACUGGAAGUGGAAAGACUGCAGCGUUUGUGCUUCCUGUUCUCCAGAAACUGUCAGCUGACCCUUACGGUAUCUUCUGCCUGGUGCUGACGCCUACCAGGGAGUUAGCAUACCAGAUCGCGGAGCAAUUUCGAGUCCUUGGGAAGCCACUGGGUCUGCGAGACUGCAUUGUCGUUGGUGGAAUGGACAUGGUGAGUCAGGCACUGGAGCUUUCCAACCAGCCUCACGUGGUGGUAGCAACACCGGGCAGGCUCGCCGAUCACAUCCGGAGCUCCAACACCUUCAGUAUGAGGAAGAUUCAAUUCCUGAUCUUGGAUGAGGCAGACCGGCUGUUGGAGCAGGGCUGUACAGACUUCACCAAAGACCUGGAAGUGAUUCUCGGGGUGCUGCCGGCCAAACGGCAGACUCUGCUGUUCAGCGCUACGCUUACUGACACAUUGCAGGACCUUAAAAGCAUCGCCAUGAACAGACCGUUCUUCUGGGAGAGCACGUCAGAAACACGUACGGUGGAGGAGCUGGACCAGAGGUACAUCCUUACUCCAGAGAAGGUGAAGGAUGCCUACUUAGUCCACCUGAUCCAGACCUUCACAGACGAACACGACGACUGGUCGAUCAUUAUAUUCACCAACACCUGCAAGACCUGUCAGAUCCUCACAAUGAUGCUUCGGCAAUUCAACUUUCCUACAAUUAACCUCCACUCGAUGAUGAAGCAGAAACAACGAUUUGCCAAUCUUGCCAAGUUCAAGGCCAGCGUCUAUAAAAUCCUGAUUGCCACAGAUGUAGCUGCCAGGGGCUUGGAUAUUCCAACUGUACAGGUAGUCAUCAAUCACAACACUCCUGGCCUGCCCAAAAUCUACAUCCACAGAGUUGGCCGGACAGCCAGAGCAGGCAGGAACGGGGUGUCCAUUACACUAGUGACACAGUACGACAUCCAUCUCGUCCAUGCCAUCGAAGAGCAAAGCCAGAGUAAAAUGAAAGAGUUUCCAGUGGUGGAGAAAGACGUCCUCAAGAUCCUCACGCAGGUCAAUGUGACCAAACGAGAGUGUGAAAUAAGAUUGGAGUCUACAGAUUUUAAUGAGAAAAAGGAGAUCAACAAAAGGAAACAACUGAUCCUGGAAGGAAAGGAUCCGGAUAUGGAGGCCAAGAGGAAAGCAGAAUUGGAAAAAAUUCGAAGGCAGAAGAAAAAGUUUCAAGAGCAGAUCAAGCAAAAAAUUGAAGUACAUAAACAAGGACAAGUCAAAAGGAAACUCAAGACAACCUGGAAAGAUCAGAAAGCAGAAAUAAAUGCUUCAACCAAAAUGUACUCAUAUCAAUGA